AUGGCAUCAGCUUCCUCAAUGCAGGAGAGGCUCGCCGGGAUAUUAUCUACUUCGACUUCCCCGCUUGAAUCGCUGAUAGAGCUAGAGGCAGAGGUCAAUAUAUACUGUUCGAGGGAUAACGUAGCAAGCGAUGCGGGGUUUUUAAGCACAUAUUACUCUUCAUAUCUAAUAUCCCUUCUCCUUGAGGAUGAUAUCCAUGAAGCUCGUGUGCUGCUCCGUCGUGCGCCUAUUUCCUUGCUCGAAUCAGACUCUGUGAUGCGAAGCCUUCCCGCGUUAGUACAAGCCGUUUGGACGGGUGAUCAUAAAACUGUUUAUGAGAUCCUCAAGACGUCACCAUGGCAUGAGAUGGCUAAACCGCUAGUUCAAUCUUACGCAGAUCAUUACCGAAACAAGGUCAUCGAUGAUAUUAGUAUAUCCUACAAAAGCAUUAGGCUGCCCACCAUUGAAUCAAAGCUGGGGCUUGAACCAGACUCUGACGCUAUGCAGGAUACUGGUGACGAUGUACCAUCGCAAUUGAUACAAGAUCUUUCUGCAAAAGGCUGGAUCUAUGAUCCUGCCUCAAAACUGAUGUAUCCUGCAAAGACAGAAACACAAGUGAGCGUGGAAGAUAGGAUAAAGCUCGGACAGAUCACCGCGCUAGUUGGGAAUCACGGAAGCGCCUGA